CUCUUAUCGCACGCCUGCGCCCUUGUUUGACAGCGGAAAACCCAAUUUUCUAGAACCUUUCGUCACGGCAAACUAUUUGUCCGCGGUCUUCGGCGUUAAAACCUUUCUUUCUCGGCUUAAACUCUGUGCAAAUCGUUAGAUCAAUACCGGAUUACCUUUCUAGAAGGCGUGAUUUGAUAAUUAUUUCUUUCCGUUCCGUGUUUUCAGUCCGAUAAUCGUGCGAUAUCUAGUCUAAACACGCUGCAAAGCAACGAAACGAAGGCGCGAGAAGAAAAUCGAUCCUGAAAUCAAAACAUCGCAAAAGCGAAAGGUGUCCUACGUGACUUUGUUCAGCACCCUUGAGGAAGAGGAAAAAAGCAAAAAAGAAGGCUCAAACGAACCGAACAGCCACCGACCGUCUAAACAUCGAUAAUCGCUACUCCACGAUUAGGUCCUAUUAUCACUUACGGACGGAUUAACCCCUAUCUCGUCUGCGAGCUUACAGGCUCUCGAUCGCAGCAAUCGAAACCAUCCUUUCCUUCAUCCGCUCCGGUGGGCCUCUCGUGCGCCCCGUCAAUUCGUCAAAAUUUGCGUGGUAAAGAUGGACCUUUUAAAGAAAUUCAUGGGUUUGGAUGGCAGAAAGGACGACGACGACGAUAAUCGCAAGAAGAAAGGCACAUUGCGCGAUGAGUUCCGCAAGCCGAUCUGGCUCGAGGAAGAUGAUAGCGAUGACGAGCUGUUCGACAACCGGAAGCUGUUUGGUGUACAGGUGUUCACCAAUCCGCUCGAGAUGCAGAAGUACUUCGAGCAUCAGAUGCAGGAGAUGAUGAAAUCGCUGGAGGAGUACGAUGAUACUGGCAGACUAUUUGAUUACGAUCUGAAGCAGGAGUUCCUGAAGCCCGGCUACGAACCACCCUUGGAACGUGAUGAAAUAAAACGAGAUACGGAUCUUGAUGGAGAGAUCUAUCCUGAUCAGCUGCACACGCUACUGCAACGUAUUUCCCCGGAGCUGAAAGAGCUGUUGCCACGGCAACCGAAAAGCGAGAACAACUCUACCGCCAUUCAACGCCGUAAAUCGAUUAGCGAUGAGGAUAAAGUAAUGGACUGGAUUCAUGGCAUUAAGGAGCAACAACAGCAAUCUGCAUCAUCUCCGCCAGCUUUCCGACGCAAUAAUUCAGCGAAACAGCGCUUCCAUGAAGGUGGAAUUUUCGAGGGUGCUUUCCAGGGGCCACGCAUGUUCUCGCAAAGCGUCGUCUCGCAGACGAUUCGUCGCCCUGAUGGGUCCUAUGAAACUCGUCGUACUGUACGCGAUUCCGAGGGUAACACAAAAACGACGAUUACUCUCGCAACGAAGGACGGGGUCCAGGAAACCAUCACUACCGGGCACGACGGGGUGGAUGAUCGUGGGCCGAAAGGGAAGAUACCACCGUACGGUGGAGAUGAUCGUAUGGCUACAGAACCGGCUCCCGGCGCAUUGUUGGCACUCGAUGGCAAGUUCAUGCUCAACAACGGUGGCUACGUACUGCCGAAGAACCUCUGGUGACUUCACGCGCAAACCGAACCCAACGCAGAUGAUACGCUGGUGGAUGGAGAACGGCCGCGGCCGUGGCGUAUUAGUGGAUGCGAUGAAGUAGCGGGAGCUAAUGUCAACGAUAGCGGGCCCUGCACGGAUCAAUAUCGAUUCAAUAAUAUCUGCAACAGCAGUAAUCGUAGCAGUAGUCAAUGUAUUAGCUCUAGUAACCAUGGUAGAGGUAGUGACAGCGGUCAUCCCUGUUGCAACGAUCUCUAUUUCCAUUCUCUUCCUCCCGUUUCCUCGUUCGAGGCAACUUACGCCUCGACGAAACUCGCUUCUAGUGAGUCCUCGUUGCACUGUACUGCAGCAGGUUCUUCCUCUCUAUCGGUGCUUCACGCUAACCCAUCACAGCACCCAUUGCUACUAGCAUUACUUAGUAGCCUUCCCGUUCGGCUUGCUGUGAUUUUGCUGAUGUUGUGUUGCGUCGUACUUCUGCUCCUAUACCAUCGCUUCGCCAGUACUACUGAGCGAUCUGUUAUCCGUUCCAAGUACUGUCCCAUUAUGCUUAAGUUAGGUCGUCUCUCCAUCAACUACCGGUUGAUGGUGGUGCUGAUGGUAAAAUCCGGCAAUGAGUUAUGAAGCUUGCUGGCAGCGUUCCCACCCAGGGAGCCACCAUUGCGGUCGUUCCGACACCUCGACAUCCACAACCACAUCGCGGUAGAAGGAAGAGUGACCCUCAGUUUUGUGAUAUUAUUUUACGUCCGACGACAGUGCAUCGACCGACGACGAUGCGGUGCACUAUUACGGCGGUAACGCACGGCGGACUCCUCUAUUGAUUGUGAUUACGAUUUGGUCAUAACGAACCUUAACCUAACACUUAGUAACAAUGAAUACAAUAAGUUUGCUUUUAGGAGUGGAUAAAUGGCACAGGGACAUUCGAAUCUAAUGCCCUUAUUGUAUGGUAUGCAGUAUGAGAGAAUGCUGGAAGACUCCGGGAUACGGGAAAAGAGAUGAAUGAAACCGGCAUGAGGCUAUCCGACGGUUUGAUUGAGGAUCCAAAAGGCGUGUGCAUAUAGUUUAGCUAGAAUUAGUAAAUGAUUUAUUUUUGUGUUUUUUUUUUCUAAAUGAAACAGUACUUUUAAACCUAUUGAAUGCGAGAAGAAGAACAGCAGAUAGUGCGGGGACAAGGAGUGCGAACCGACAGAUGAAGACCUGACGGGGAAACGUUUUUCAAAUUCAUGAGACUGAGGAAAAGGAGGAAUAGAGUGGAAAGAGGGUCGUUAGAGAGAUCGUCUUCUUGUCCGAGGAGUGGCCGUUUGACUAGGCAGCAGACAUUUGUCUCAGUAUAAGUGUGCGAUUUUGUAUUUUAAACAUAAAAUUAUUAUAUCCAAAAUCCCUCCCGCUCGCAUUUGCCAGGAAAGGAAUGCAGUUCAGUUCCGUGAGGGCAGAGGGCCUGUUCUGCUUUGACUUAUUUAGUUUCCCUGAUCACUCAUUUCCUCCCAUAUGUGCAGAAGAAAAGAGGGCCGUGUUCUUGCGCCACGGUUUAAAAUAUCCAUUUUGAAGUAUCUACCAAUCAGAAGCCAUAUUUUACUAGAAUUGUCCACUCUAGCGAAGUGAGGAAAAGGCACCCAUAAACACAGCAAUACAUACUAGACUUUGCAAUACUUCCCAUUACUACCGGUUUUCCGGCAACCUUCUGCUGCACAGCCAAACAUAGCAUUUUCACGCCACCUGAAACACAUUUCCCUAAACAAUUACCAAAGCAUAGAUGAAACAGCGAACCCGCAAGAUUUGUUUUUGGCGCGCGAGUAGUACCCCUAGAACUCUCUCACCCUGUCUUCAACCUUUCUAUAAUCUAGUAUCAGCAACAUAAAACAGAGAAAAGAAAAACGCAUCAAGCAGAACAUCCUACAUAUAUGUGUGAACCGUAAUUCUUUGAUGAGUAGCGUUCCAAUAAACAACAAAAUUACAAAAAUAAAUGUGUGCCAAUUUUCAACCUUUUUUACCGAAUACAUGCAGAAAAUUGUUCAUAAUUUAGCUUGUAAUGUCUUUAUUUUUUUCUCCACUU